CGAAUUUGAUGCGCAAGGUUGAGAUGUGCCCCUGCUUGUUUCUCGGUCUCGGUCUUGAUAGUGUCCAAUGAGUUGCGUAAGUCUCUACGAAGAGUCCGUUAGUGGACCGUUUGAAGUUGGAGCCGCUGACAUGAGUCAGGGGAGUGUUGCGCAUGCGUGUUUCGGCCUCGGUGGUCCGGACAAAGCACACCGCACGAGACCCAUCUCAAGCAAAAAACCGCUCACCCGAUCUCAUCCCGUCCCAGUGGCACCUUGGCAAGCUUUCCCAGCCUCUUCGCGUACUCUUCCUCCACAACAGCCCUG